AUGGCACCUGCUCAACUGAAUGGGAAUGUCAGCUAUACUGCUUACUUUGAAGGCUACUUUUAUCAGGAUCCAGAAAACUGGAAUUACAACCUGGUCACUGAGAACCGUGGUCUGUACACCAGUGGGGAGUCUGAUACAUGGGUAACUAUUGACAGCCUAGUGCCAUAUUCCCAGUACAGGGUGACAGUCAGAGCUGCUAACACCAAGGGCUCCAUUCUCAGUAAUGAGAUGGUGGCCAAUAUGCCACAGGGAUCACCUGAUGGAGUGGCACCCCCUACACUCACAUCACCAAGCUCCACGUCUAUCAGAGCCACCUGGCGGCCAGUGGGAAGAGCUAAUACAGAUACACAACCAGUGUUUCAACUACAGUUUAGAGAGACCACAACUGGAGCAUUAGUUCAAGACCUUUUUGCGCAGCCUACCACUGCCACUACCUAUCUGAAGACUACUCUGACUCCAUACACUCGCUAUGAGUUCCGCCUGGUGGCCAGUAACACUGUGGGCUCCACACAGACAGAAUGGGUCUCACUUUUUACCAGACAGGACAAACCUGGCGCUAUAGACCCGCCAAUGACAACCAAUGUCAAGUCACGCUCCAUUGAUGUCACUUGGGAACACCCGCUGCAGAGGAAUGGCAUCAUCACACAGUACAGAAUAUACCAGAAUGACCAGUUCCGACAAUCUGUUCCUGGGAAUGUUACCCAGAUUGUGGCCACUGGUUUGAUUCCAUACACAGAUUAUGUGUACAAAGUGGAGGCCUGCACUGUGGCUGGGUGUACCAUGAGUCCAGAGUCUCAGUCUGUCAGGACACUUAUUGCAGCACCUGAGGGUGUCCCUGCACCCACCCUGAUCUCUGAGACCCCCACCUCCGUCCUCAUCUCCUGGGGUCCCCCUACCUUCCCUAAUGGUGACCUGACAGGUUACACCAUAGAGCGCCGCCUUAGGAACACCAGUGCCAUCACACUGGUGGCCCUCAUUGGCACCGCUAAUCCCAGGAGAUAUGUUGACCAGGCUGCAGUGCUGACACCUUAUACAGAGUAUGAGUAUCGCAUAUUAGCAUCCACUGUUGUGGGUACUGGGUAUGGACCAUGGGCAGUGGUGACCACACGCUCUUCAAGACCUAGUCCUCUGAAUCCUCCAGUAGUUGACAUAUUGGGUCCAACAUCUGUACGUGUGAACUGGAAAGCACCUACAAAUCCCAAUGGAAUCCUGGAAUAUUACAUCAUCAAGUUUCCCAUUCCAAGAAUAGAGCUGAGGAAUACCAGUAUAUUGUCUCUGGAGGUGGAUGACCUGUUGCCUUACACUGAGUAUACUGUCACAGUGACUGCUUGUACAGAUGGUGGCUGCAGUGAAAGUCAGCCUCGUGUUAUCAGAACAGAAGCUACAUACCCUGCAGGCCAACAGCCACCAGUGGCUCUACCUAUUUCACAAACACUGAUCUCAGUCACAUGGCAGGCUCCACCCAAUCCCAAUGGACCUAACAUAAGAUAUGAACUGGCCAGGUUAAAACUGAGGCAGCCUUUGGAUGAUCAAGCAAUAGGUUUUAACGUCUGGAACAGUAUCUACACGGGCAGCAAUACCAACUUUGAUGACCGCGGUCUGACAGUGUUCACCACCUAUGUGUACAGGGUCACAGUGUACAAUGACUUUGGUCCUAUGAUCAGUGACAAUUCUGAGGAGGUGACAACUUCUGGGGGAGUCCCACAGGCACCUGCUAACCUCACUGCGGUCCCUGUCAGCCAUGUCCAGGUUGGACUAUCUUGGAGCACACCAGAUGAGGUGACCCUCCAAGGCUUUGUAGACAGAUAUGAGGUCAUCAUCAGCAGCCCUGCUCUAAACACAACCAAGACUUAUGACUCAGACACCCAGCAGACGGUGAUAGACAGCCUCAGUCCCAACACAAGGUACCAGUUCUUGCUGAGGUUGUACAUCAAUGGAGGGGCAAGCAUAGACAGCAGACCUGUGUAUGCUACCACAUUAGAUGGAGCUCCAGAAGGGCUCCCUCCUCCACAGCUCUAUGUGGUCAGUGACACUGCAUUGAGAGUGACCUGGACAGCUCCAGCCAAACCCAAUGGUCAGAUAACAGGAUAUUAUAUCUAUAUCAAUGGACAGAGAGUGGACCCAGCAAUGACCACUGCUGGAUCUUAUGUACUCCAGAAUCUUCAGCCUUACACCAUAUAUGAUAUAAAGAUUCAAGUAUGCACAGUAUUUGACUGUCUGAUGAGUGACACAACUCAAGGAACAACAGCAGAGGCCAUAGCCCAGGACGUGCUGCCACCUACACUUGAUGUGAUAGACUCCUACUCCAUUGGCAUCAACUGGACAGCACCAAGUCGCCCCAACGGGAUCAUUGUACGUUAUGAAAUUAUGAGGAAAGCCAUGCUGCCAUGUGAUUUGAUUCAGCAACCAAUGACCACAGCAGUUCCUAGCAGUGAGAAGUGUUCUUAUAUUGAGUGUGGAAUACUGGAGGGGGUGUGUGGCAGCCAGUGCUUCUCUGGACCCAAGACUUGUUGUGGUGGUGUCCUCCAUGAUAAUCGCCUUGGAUACGAGUGCUGUGGUACAGACUACAUUCCUGGAAGACAAAGUGCAGAUGACGUCUGCUGCGCUGGGAAGUUCUAUCCAAGACAGGACCAUUUCCAAUGCUGUGGAGGACGAUAUGUAGAAGUCCGUCCUGACCAGAUCUGCUGUCCAGACCCCACCGAGGACCGAGUGGACGUUGGUUUUGGUGAUCAGUGCUGUGGCUCUAUACCUUAUGACUCCAGUGGGGCUCAGCUGUGUUGUACUGGUACCCUGUAUGACAAGUAUGGUAAACAGUGCUGUGGCAGACAGUUGAUAGAGAGUGAUGUCACAUGUUGUGGUGGUAGUGAGGAGGGGAUAGCAUACACAACCAAUGUACAGAACACCUGCUGUGGUACAGAGUAUGUCCCAACUGCUACCACUGCUUGCUGUGUGGAUGAGGAAGGAAAAGCUAAGUCUCACACAUAUGACAGUGCUACAGAGAAGACUAAUUCCAAUGAGAAAUGCUGUGGUACAGAGAGAAUCUCCUCAGGACUCAGUUGCUGCAACAAUGUGGGCUUCAAUCCCAUCAGUCAAGUGUGUGCUGACCGCUCCAGCAUGGAAUCUGGCUGUGGUUCCAGUACUGUUUGCCAAUCCACACAAAGCCUGAGUGCCUUCUGUGAUAGCUGUCAGUUCAACAGCAGCACCAGUAUAUGUGGGUCUGUCAGUGGACCCUUGGCACCCACCACACCCACCUCCCCACCCACACUACAACCCACCACAUGUGAGGAUGGACCCCAUAGGAUAUACUCGGGACUAGGACUCAGUUAUACUGAUGCUGGCCUGUACCCGUAUAUAACCUAUGAGUAUUCUGUUGUGGUUGUGAACCGUGCUGGUAGCCAGGCAAGUGACUACGCCUCAGCCACCACCAUGCAGGCAAAACCUGAACAGGUGGCUCCACCAACAUACAAGAUAGUCCCAUCCCAGUUAGACACCAUCUAUCUGAGCUGGAAGGAACCAGGGAAACCUAAUGGUGCCAUCACUGCCUAUAUUCUGUUGAGAAGUGGUGUAGAGAUCUACAGGGGUCUUGGUAUGCAGUACAUGGACAACAACAACAUCAAACCAUACCAGACAUAUACUUAUCUGAUGAGAGCAUGCUCUCUGGCGGGAUGUACCAACAGUGAACCUGUCACAGUGGCAACACUGCAGGCAGCUCCAGAGCAGGUGCUGCCCCCUACAGUUACUGUUCUCAACUCCUCGGCUAUCCACCUGGCCUGGACUCCCCCUGGUAAACCUAAUGGUAUUAUAACCAGCUACCAGAUAUGGCAAGAAGGAGCAGGCAAUAUUCACACUGUCAGCAGUGGGGAGCUGGAACACACAGUAAAAGGGCUGCUGCCUUACACAGAGUAUGAGUUCUACCUUAAGGUGUGCACCCAGGAGGCUUGUACUAGCAGCUCUACUGUGGCAGCAAGGACAGCCGAGGCUGCACCACAGGAUGCCAUAUCGGGGCAGUUUGAUGAUGAUGACUACGCCUCCAGUCACCCAGUAAGUGUCACCAAGGAGCAGACAGUCUUCACAGACACUCAUUUAUAG